GAUAUUUUGAAGUGUUCUCUUUUAUGGAAAAAUUUUUGAAGUGUUUUUAUGCAGAUAUUUGCGAUAGAAUUGUUAGAUAUUGCAUGUGAAAUGAGUUUUGGGUUAGUCCCACAUGGUCCUCUUUCUCUUUUAUGUGGUUAUCAUGUUAAUCUUUUAGCCAUAAAAAGUUUGGGAUUUGGUGGGUGCCAAGUUAAUGAUUUCUUUGUUAGAAGUUUGGUGUCGAAAGAAAAUAUAGUGUGAUUAAUUACUACAUUACUUAUAAAAGAAUUAAGCUUCAAAAGAUUAUUCAAAAAUAUACUAAUAAGGUUAAGCAUUCCUUUUUGGAGGGUAGAUUGGUUGGGGAGUGAAUUCUAAGCAAAGCAGAAAUAUCCUUUUCCAUUGAAUUAUUCUGGGUCAAAUUUAAAUUGCUUCCAACAGUUGGAUUCAACUCUUUUUUGCUUGCUUACCUAGUUUUGGCAUCUAUCAAUUAUCAUCAUCUUGUUGAAGGCAAAAAGAAAUAUAAGACUUGGCAAUUGGGUUUGGAUCGAACAACAUAUAGAAAUGGGAUGGGGAUGAUGACGAUGAUGAUGGUUUGGCGGAAUUGGAGAUGGAUAGAAGAAGUUGGUUAUGGAGAAGGAAAUCCUCAGACAAAAGUCCUGCUGAAACUGACAGUUCCGGGUCAUUCUCUUCCUAUUCUGAAAGGUUUACAGAUGAUCAAGUAUAUCCAACUCAUAAUCCUCAGUCACCAGAAGUUACUUCUAAAGCACUACCCGCUGCUGAAGAAAUUUAUGACGAUGUGAAGACUUUAACAGAGAAACUAUCGGCUGCUCUUCUGAACAUUAGUGUGAAAGAAGAUUUAGUAAAGCAACAUGCCAAAGUUGCAGAAGAAGCAGUCUCAGGCUGGGAGAAAGCUGAAACGGAAUUAUCGCUGCUGAAGCAACAACUUGAGGCUGUUAGAAAAAAGAACUCUGAACUUGAAAAUAGAGUUGGUCAUCUGGAUGCAGCACUUAAGGAAUGUAUGAGGCAGCUACGGCAAGCUAGAGAAGAGCAAGAGCAAAGGAUCAGUGAAGCUUUUUCCAGGAAAACUUCUGAAUGGGAAUUUAUGAAGUCUGAGCUAGAGAGAAAGCUUGACGAGCUCCAGGCUCAGCUUCAAACUGCUAAAAGUGAAGCUGCAGCAUCAGUGGAUUCUAAUCUUCAACAAAAACUUGAGGCUGCAGCGAAGGACAACACUUCUCUUAAACAGGAGCUCCUUUCUCAAGCUGAGGAGUUGGAAAUUAGGAUUAUGGAACAAGACCUGAGCACACAAGCAGCUGAAACAGCUAGCAAACAACACCUGGAAAGCAUAACGAAGAUUGCAAAGCUUGAAGCUGAGUGUCGUAGGCUAAAAGCCAUUGCUCAUAAAUAUUCCCUUGCCAAUGAUCAUAAAUCCAUGACAGCCUCAUUAAUUUGUGCUGAUUCUUUAACAGAUAGCCAGUCUGAUAGUGGGGAGAGACAGCUGUUGGCUGAAAGUGAUGCACACAAGAUUAGUGCGUUGGAGAUAAAGGAAUGUGAGCCAAGUUCUUCUGACUCAUGGGCAUCUGCUCUUAUCUCUGAAUUUGAUCAAUUCAAAAAUCAUAAGACUAUUGGAAGAAACCUCAUGGUCUGUUCUGUAGAAAUUGGUCUCAUGGAUGAUUUUCUAGAAAUGGAAAGACUUGCUGCUUUGCCUGAUACAGAAAGUGGAAGUUCAUACCUUGAGGUUGGAUCCUUAUCAGACCAAGCUAAUAGUCGUGAGAGCCCAUGGAAAGCUGAACAUAGAGCCAUGAUUCACAGAACUGCAGAAUUGGAUGAGAGGUUAGAGAAAUUAGAAGAAGAAAAAGUUGAAAUACAAAAGGCUUUGACAAAGUGCCAGAAGCAGCUUAAGAUGUCUCAAAGUCAGCUAAAGGAAGCAGAUGUAGAUCUGCACUCUCAAUUAGCUCUUGCUAGCAAACUGAAGGGAGUGACAAAGGAAGAGAUGAAGAGUGUCAAAUCAAAGAGAGAAGUAGCAGAGUCUCGACUUCUUAUUGCUGAAGCUGAAAACCAAAGUUUGCUUUGUAAAGUUGGUUUAUUAGUUGCAGAGGCUGAGAAAGAGCGUGCUUCAUCAGCAGAGGCUUUAGCCAAGUGUCAGAAAUUGGAGGACGAGCUUGCAAAAAGGAAAAGUGAAGCUGAAAUUCAGCAUGAGGCUCAGGUCAAGCAUGAUGCAAGUAUUAAUGAAUUAUUGAAGAUAAAGCAGGAGAAAGAGCUAGCAGUUGCUGCAAGUAAAUUUGCCGAGUGCCAGGAAACAAUCUCAUCUCUCGGUAGUAAAUUAAAAUCUCUUGCUACAUUGGAAGACUUUCUGGUUGACUCAGAGAAUUCCUUAGAUAUCAGUGGCCAAGGACUGAAGCACCUUAUAAAUGGUGGUGAACAAUGGAGACUACAUUCUGGUGAUAAAUAUAUUCAUGUAGAUUCCUGACCUUUGAAAAUAAAUUAUUUGGCAAUGACAAGGAGUUCUGAUUCUCACAAGAUUCUACCAAUUUGUAUGAGAGGUCAAAGUGGGAUCCGAAUUAGUGAAGAUAAAAUGAGAAUUAAAGGAAACAACUAGCGUAGUGUUCUACACUGAAAGGCAAGUGCAUCCCCGCAACUUGUAAAAGGGGAUGAAAGGAAAAUGAGGAUAUUGUCAUUUGAAUCUGCAGCUUUAUCUAUAUACAUAGCUCCUCUUUGGCCAAUAGACUGUAGAGUAUAGACGGUCACUCCACCCAAAUAAAGCAAAAGGAAAAAGAUUACAAAUGAUAUUCAACAAGCUUCCUGUAUUGUUUAUAAGAUAUUUUAAAGAGUAUAGAGAUCUCCCCACAAAAAAAAAAAUAAAGGAAAAAGAAACAAGGAUUGCAGAUGAUAUUCAACAGCUUGCUGUGUUGUUUAUAAGGUAUAAUCAAUGUUUCUUGCCAGAUUC